CUCAAGGCCCCCACGCACCCUGCGGGACUUCUCAUGGCUCCAACACCACCCGGGGAACGUCACCACCACCACCGCAAUCGGAUCGGGUUGGGCUGGCUGUGCAGACCCUGGGUCCUCCACAUUCGGCUUCCCGGCCAGCUGGGUCCCAGUGCAAAGGAGGGCUCCAGGAUCAUCUCGUCACCUGAGAAACUAGCCCAGCAAGAAAAGUGUCUCCCACGCAUGAAAACAAGAGCAUGACGACCCUCCGCUGCCAGCUGUCUCCCAGCGAGGAGGUAGCAGGCCGUUCCCCUUCCGCUGGGGUGCCGUCUGCUGUGCCUCUCAGGGGCUAGGCAGCGGAGUCUGGAUCAUGUCUGCCCUUCUUCGUCUGAGGCACCUUUUGGAGGGGGUCUGGCUGCUCAGCCCAUCAUGCCUGGCCUGUUUCUGACCUGGGAUAGAUAGGGCUCCCCUUGAUCUAAUGCUGUAACUGCUCCCUGUUGUAUGUUUGUGCACAGCAAGUCUGGGUCCAGCAUUCCCCACCGCUUGCCCAGUGGCAGUAGAUGAGAGAGGACUUGCUGUAACCCAAAAUCUGAGAGGUGGACUUGCCCCUCGGCCGCCAUGAGUCAAAGCACCAGCUCUCGCCUGGCAGACUCACCUCAGCUCUCCAGGACCAGCCUCCUCAACAUCCUCGGCAGCCCCCAGCCCGAGACGAUGAGCCUGCCGGACUCCAUGCCCCCCACCCCGAAGAGCGGCACGCCCUCGCCGGGGCCGCCCCAGCUCCCCCUGCUGGGCGCCGUGUGUCUGGACGGGGACUGGGAGAGCCGGGAGGAGCUCCGGCUGCGGGAGCUGGAGGAGGCCCGGGCCCGGGCGGCCCAGAUGGAGAAGACCAUGCGCUGGUGGUCGGACUGCACCGCCAACUGGCGGGAGAAGUGGAGCAAGGUGCGGGCGGAGCGCAACAAAGCCCGGGAGGAGGUGCGCCAGCUGCGGCAGAAGCUGGAGACCCUGACCAAGGAGCUGACCAGCCUGAAGCGGGAGCGGCAGGAGGUGCUGAACGAGAACGAGCAGCUGGGCAAGGAGGUGGCGCGGCUGAAAGGGGAGAGCGAGGAGGAGCAGGAGAAGGAGCUGGACAACAGGAUGGCCUCGGAGAAGGAGAACGAGGGCUCCCAGGAGCAGGAACCCGUGCGGGAUGUGGGCUCCGAUAAGCUGAGUAAAAAUAAGGAGUUUGAGCUGAUGGAAAACAUCCUGAAGAGCAAACAAGAAGGGCCUGAGUGCUGGGACCAGCGGAGCUCAGUCAGCGUCCGGACGUCCUUCACUCGCCCGGAGAGGAACCGGCUGCUCUGGGAGGACAUGAGCGUCAUCGAGGAAGAUGCCACCAAAGUGACUGCACUGAAGCUGAGGCUGGAUGAGUCCCAGAAAGUGUUGCUCAAGGAGCGGGAGGACAAGCUGUCGCUCAGCAAGAGCAUCGAGAAGCUGGAGGGCGAGCUCAGCCAGUGGAAGAUCAAGUACGAGGAGCUGAACAAAAACAAGCAGGAAGUGCUGAAGCAGCUGAACAUCCUGAAGGAGCUCCACCAGGAUGAACUAGGGCGGAUUUCGGAGGAUCUGGAGGACGAGCUGGGGGCUCGCUCAAGCAUGGACAAGAAGCUGGCAGAGCUGCGCACGGAGAUGGAGCGGCUGCAAGCGGAGAACGCGGCGGAGUGGGGGAAGCGCGAGCGCCUGGAGACAGAGAAGCUGAACCUGGAGCGGGAGAACAAGAAGCUGCGGGCUCAGAUUGAGGACCUGGAGGAGGUGCUGGCUCGGAAGCGCCGGCAGACGGCCAGCGCGCUGGACACGGACCUCAAAACCAUCCAGGCCGAGCUCUUUGAGAAGAACAAGGAGCUGGCCGACCUGAAGCACGUCCACGGCAAGCUGAAGAAGCAGUACCAGGAGAAGACGGCCGAGCUGGCGCACGCCAACCGCCGGGUGGAGCAGCACGAGGCGGAGGUGAAGAAGCUGCGUCUGCGGGUGGAGGAGCUGAAGAAGGAGUUGGCCCAGGCGGAGGAUGAGCUUGAUGAAGCCCAUAACCAGGCACGGAAACUACAGAGGUCCCUGGAUGAGCAGACAGAACAAAGCGAGAACCUCCAAGUGCAACUGGAGCACCUGAAGUCCAGGUUACGAAGGCAGCAGAACGCCCCGCUCUUUGGGAAGAUCCGGAGCUCCCGGUUUGGCCCCGACGACCCUGACGACGGGACUAGUGACCUGGAUGAAGAUGAAGAUCUACAGAUCCAGGUUCCUUAGUGCCUGGUGCGCAGGGCCAAUGAGACGGUGGCUGGAGGAGAGAGAAGGAGGCGGCAGGCUGGACGCUUGGGGAGGAGAAUACCUGCAGGAGCCUGGUCCCGUUCACCAGCCUCGCCAUCGGCAGCCAGACCUGCCAAGAGCCAGCAGAGGACGUGUGCGGAUACAGCCUCUGGCCCUGCUGGCCUGUGUCACCACCAGUCAUGGGGGGAGGGGGGGGUCCUGGAGAGAAACCCCGUGGCCAAGUGCCCGUCCCAGGGGGCAGGAUCGGUUCUACCCCAGUGGGUUUUGUAGCCACAGGGAGAGAAAGCGCCAAAGGGUGGGUUGAAGGGAAAUCCCCAGGUGGCUGUAACCAUGAGAGGAGUCGGGAGGGGCCAGGCGGCAGAGCAUGAAUGAGCCGCCCUGGGCAGAACAAUGGCAUUGGUGCCGAUACUGUGUAAAUGAUGCCAGCAGCUGAGGUGUAGGGGAGGCCCCUGCAGUGGCUGAGUCUGGGCAUUGCAUGGUACGCAGUGCAGUCUCUGCCCCUUCAGCCCUGCCCGGAGUGCCCUCUGCAGUUCCAGCCUCCUGCACAUGCCCUGCCCAGUCUGGGCAUUGCAUGGUACGCGGUGCAGUCUCUACCCCUUCAGCCCCUGCCCGGCGUGCUCUCUGCAGUUCCAGCCUCCUGCACGUGCCCUGCCCGGAGUGCCCUCUGCAGUUCCAGCCUCCUGCACGUGCCCUGCCCAGUCCCCCCUCCCCAGCUCGCUCCCGGCACGUGGCUUUCACCUGACAGGCCCCAUCUCUGACGCCACCAGCCCCAGCCUCGGUUCCAGCCUAACCUGGGAACCAUUUGCAUCUCAGCAUCACACGCGAAUGAACUGAGCCUCGAAACCAAUGACCUCCCUUUUACUGAUGGGGAAACUGAGGCACGGAGCAGAGCAGUGACUUACCCAGGAUCGUGGCCCUCCAAGGCCUGCACCUCGGGCACUAGGCCCUGCCUCCUCCCCAUGUGCCCUGUCCACCCACAGCCGCUCUCCCUCACUCCCGUUUGAACACAUGCACCUCACAGCAUAAACGGACAUUGCAACGAUACACCGGAGAGCGUCCAAGGCAGAAAGCAGGCGGCGCUAACCCGGAUGAGCCCGGCCCCUGGAGCACUGACAGCAGGAGCCAAAUACACCGGAACAAACCCUUCUAUUUUAUAUACGGAUUUUAUAUAUAUGUAUGGAUUUGUAUAUGGUUUAUAUUAUAAAUAGAGCUAUGGGCCCAGG